UUCCUGUCAGGGCUGUCCGUGGUUACUGUAAAGGGAAGCGCUGGUUAUAUGCUGCCAGAUGGCACUAAUAUGCAGUUGGUGAGAUCUAUGAUCUCGUCGCUCCGGUUGCUGUGAAAAUUGGCAGAGCCCAGUGGUUGUUCGCGAACCACUUGUGCCACCUCUUCAUCUCUCGUCUCCUGCAAAAUCCCGCAGACAACCCACCUUUACGAUGCCAAAUCAUAAUCAUAAAGCACUCUCAGUAUGUGUAAUACUGAUGAUGAUACGCCCGGGUAACCGGGCAUUGAUGUGUGUAUGAGAUGGAGAUCCAAUCAAAACAAUUUGCCCUCCGCCGUGUUCAUUAUCAUUACCCAGACCACUGCACGACCGUACGACACCCAUCAUUAGCAUUAGCAUAGUUGGUGGGUAGGUGUACAGGGCAGUGAACAGGCAGCUCCCUUCCUCUUGUAACCCAUGCUCGCUGAUACCCUUCUUAAACUUUCUUUAUUAUCCUUUCUUGCAUGGAGAAGCACGGCCCGAUUCACGUCUUCCCGCAACUUUUACCCAGCAGCAUAUCCUCUAGCGGUCCGUUCCCCUUACCUUAACGCUUGGAUUCAAUCUCCCAAGGAUACGACGACGUUUGGUACAUCCUGGCCCUAUCACUGGGACGACAAGAAUGUCAUGGGAUUGGCAGGGUAUGUGAGGGUAGAUGGAACACCAUUUCGAUGGAUGGGUGAUAACUCAUUGGGAAAUCAAACUUCUCUCGUGAGCACGGAAGUCACCCCCACACGCUCAAAAUUCACGAUUUUGGCGGGGCGUGUGCAGUUGAAUGUAACGUUUCUCAGUCCAAUCGAGCCGUCUGAUUGGGUCCUUCAGUCAUUACCGUUCACGUAUAUCUCAAUCGAAGUCGCCACGACUGACGGUUCACCUCAUAACGUGCAGGUGUAUUGUGAUACCAGUGCAGAAUGGGUUUCUGGCGAUAGGAGCAAGCUCGCACGCUGGAACACCACUGUAUCCGACGAUACCACAUAUCAUCAAGCUACUCUUUUUCAACAAUCAUCCAUGUCGGAGAUCAACGAUGUUGCGGAAGACUCGACGAUGUAUUUUGGAAUGGCUUCGAGCACUUCCUCUUCAUGGAAAACCGGGGCAGACGAGGACGUACGAAAGCAAUUUAUACGUAAGGGAACCCUGAAUAACACAAUGGACACCUCAUUUCGAGCAAUUCAAGAUCAUUUCGUAGUCUUCGCUCAUGCUGUCGACCUGGGAAAUAUCAUAAAAUCGUCUUCUCCGACGGUUUGGUCUCUAGGCUUAGUCCGUGACCCAGUCAGUACUUUUUUUGUUGGAGUGAAUUCGCGGACUCGUAGCCCGUACUUUCUUACGCACUUUAACACUGUCGACGAUGCGGUCAAGUCCUUCAUUAAAGGCUAUAAAAAUGCCGUCAAACGCGCGGACGAACUAGAUUCCAAGAUAAUGAAGGACGCAUCUGCUAUUUCGAACCACUACGCCGACCUGGUGGCGCUUGGUGCGAGGCAAACCAUGGCUGGGAUAGAUAUUACUGUGCCGCGCGGGACUGAUGGUAAAUGGAACAUGUCGGAUGUAAAAGCGUUCAUGAAAGACACGGGCACUUCGCAGAGGAUCAACCCUGUGGAAGGAUUGUUUUCUGCGUUUCCGGCAUUUCUUUAUCUGAAUAGUUCAUUGGGAGGUCUCCUACUGGAUCCCUUAUUGGAGUUUCAAGCGUACGUCGGUAAUCGUCAGUUCUCUGCACCUGACCUAGGAUCAUACCCUCGAGCCACCGGUAACCCGUCGAAUGCGAAUAAUACUGCCUUAGAGAGUACGGGAAACAUGCUCGUCAUGGCUCUGGCUCAUGCGCAAUUAUCUGGAGAUGGUACUCUCAUAAGCCGUUAUUACGACUUGCUCAAAGGCUGGACGGAUUAUCUCGGUGCACAUACAUUACACCCUCAAAAUCAGCGUUCCGCUGAUGGACUGGACAGAAGUGAUCAAUCCAACUUGGCGAUCAAGGGGAUCAUAGGAAUCGCGGCUAUGGCAAAAAUAAGCAAGGCUUUGAACCGAGAGAGUGACUAUCAGACUUAUUCUGCUAAAGCUUCCAACUUAUCCGCCCGGUGGACGAAACUUGCGACGAGUGGGGACCACAUAACGUCCGUUUAUGGUGAUUCACAGUCGAGGCCUUUGGUAUACAAUCUGUAUGCCGAUGUCCUCCUUCGGACCAACGUAGUGGACAGUUCGAUCUAUUCCCAGCAAACAAGGUUUUACAAAACACUUACCACGACUGCCCAGGCUUUUGGACUACCUUACGAUGAUAUCGCACAAGAAGCCCAAGAUUUUGCCAAAGCUCCGUGGACUAUUUUUACCGCUGCAACUGUAACUCAGAAUGAGACUCAAGGCAAGCUCAUCGACAUGGUACAUGCAAGAGCGACGUUCAACGGAACUAGGGGAGACUUUCCUACCACAUACCGAGUUAGUAACGGGUCGGUACUAGUGAACUCCGGUCAAGCCAGUCCGUCACAAGGAGCUAUGUUCGCCCUCCUGGCUUUGAGUCUUCCCAUACAGAACAUGGUGGCCCCACCAGACGCGUUCUCUCAUGCGGUUCAAGCAGCGGGAUUGAAUGGCGGUACAAUUGCAGGUGCCGUUAUUGGGACGUUUGGUGGAAUUGGGCUACUUGCCCUCGGGUUCCUUCUAUGGUGGAAACGACGGAAAACCCUCCUCCAGCAAGAGUCGCUGAAACCUAUACCCUUCGUUCCUCAUAUGCUCUAUCGCCAGCGAGCUCCUGACAGUGUGGAAAUGAACCUGAUGUAUCAGAAUACGCCCCACCGCGCGGUUAGAGGAGUCCUACCGGCUGAUACCAGUUCCGACUUUUCGAUUCCGGAGUCUGAAGAACCCGAACUUACGGACUUGAUAUCGCAUCAACCUUCACAGUCCGUAACGAACUCGAACUCGACGAUGCAUACCACGGAUACUUCCCAGUUGAGACACGAAAUUGCGACUCUGAGGCAGCACAUGAAUGCCUUGCAAGCGCAUCAGGAGGAGAUCUACUUUACCUCACUUCCCCGGCAUGGCACGCCUCCAGUGAUUAAGCCUUGAGGAGGGUUGUACUAUUAUUUAUCUCAUAUGUAGUAAUUUUCCUACUGUAUCAAUAACACCAUACUGUGAAGCAAAGAAUCUUGUAGCAG